GCGGGGGCGCGGCGGCGCCGGUGCGUCGGGUUACACUCGCCCUGCCUGCCCGGGGGUGACACCCACGCGCUCCUCGCCGCGCGUCCCGGGGCCGAGGCGCUGACUCGGGGGAGGCAGACUCCGCCCCGGCCGGAGGAACUGGGUGCUCCUGCCCUCGCUCCCCUCGCGCCAGAGGAUCGAUCUCAGAUAGGGAAGGACUGAAUGGAAGGACUGAACGGAAGGACUGAACGGAUGGUGUUAUAAAAGCAGUUGUAGAUAUCCUUCAGAAUACUCAGGAAAUUCCAUCAGGACUCAUCACCUUUGAGAUAAGAAGAAAACUUGGAAGUUGUUUUAUAGAGGAAGAAGCAACUAAUAAAAGGCUAAGAAAUGGCAUUUCAAAAGGCAGUGAAAGGGACUAUUCUUGUUGGAGGAGGUGCUCUUGCAACUGUUCUAGGCCUUUCUCAGUUUGCUCAUUACAGAAGGAAGCAAGUGAACCUGGCCUUUGUUGAAGCAGCGGACUAUGUUUCAGAACCUGUUAACAGGGAGCCUCCUUCCAGAGAAGCUCAGAUACUGACUUUGAAAAACACAUCUGAAUUCGAUGUACUUGUCAUUGGAGGAGGAGCAACAGGAAGCGGCUGUGCCCUAGACGCGGUCACCAGAGGACUAAAAACAGCCCUUGUAGAAAGAGAUGAUUUCUCAUCAGGGACCAGCAGCAGAAGCACUAAAUUGAUCCAUGGUGGUGUGAGAUAUCUUCAGAAGGCUAUCAUGAAGUUGGAUAUUGAGCAGUACAGGAUGGUAAAAGAAGCCCUUCAUGAGCGAGCCAACCUACUAGAAAUUGCUCCCCAUUUAUCAGCUCCGUUGCCUAUAAUGCUUCCAAUUUACAAGUGGUGGCAGUUACCUUACUACUGGGUAGGAAUCAAGCUAUAUGAUCUGGUUGCUGGAAGUAACUGCCUGAAAAGCAGUUAUGUCCUCAGCAAAUCAAGAGCUCUUGAGCAUUUCCCAAUGCUUCAGAAGGACAGACUGGUAGGAGCAAUUGUCUACUAUGAUGGACAACACAACGACGCACGGAUGAACCUAGCCAUCGCUCUCACUGCUGCCAGGUACGGGGCUGCCACUGCCAAUUACAUGGAGGUCAUGAGCUUGCUCAAGAAGACAGACCCCCAGACAGGGAAGGAGCGUGUGAGUGGUGCGCGGUGCAAGGAUGUCCUCACAGGGGAGGAAUUUGAUGUAAGAGCCAAGUGUGUUAUCAAUGCCACAGGACCUUUCACAGACACUGUGCGCAAAAUGGAUGAUAAGGACGCUGCCGCUAUCUGCCAGCCAAGUGCUGGCGUCCACAUCGUGAUGCCUGGUUAUUACAGCCCAGAGAGCAUGGGACUUCUUGACCCAGCGACCAGUGAUGGGAGAGUUAUUUUCUUCUUACCCUGGCAAAAGAUGACUAUAGCUGGCACUACCGACACUCCAACUGAUGUCACACACCAUCCGAUUCCUUCCGAAGAAGACAUCAACUUCAUUUUGAAUGAAGUGCGUAACUACUUGAGUUGUGACGUUGAAGUAAGAAGAGGGGAUGUCCUGGCAGCGUGGAGCGGUAUUCGCCCCCUUGUUACAGAUCCCAAGUCUGCAGAUACACAGUCUAUCUCUCGAAAUCACGUUGUGGAUGUCAGUGAGAGCGGCCUCAUCACUAUAGCAGGUGGAAAGUGGACGACCUAUCGAUCUAUGGCAGAAGAUACCAUAAAUGCUGCGGUCAAGACCCACAAUUUGAAAGCAGGACCAAGCAGAACAGCUGGGCUUUUCCUUCAAGGGGGCAAAGAUUGGAGCCCCACACUCUACAUCAGGCUUGUUCAGGAUUACGGACUUGAAAGUGAGGUGGCCCAGCAUCUUGCCGCCACCUACGGUGACAAGGCUUUUGAGGUGGCCAAAAUGGCAAGUGUGACGGGAAAACGGUGGCCCAUUGUUGGAGUGCGUCUUGUAUCAGAAUUUCCGUACAUUGAAGCAGAGGUGAAAUAUGGGAUUAAGGAGUACGCCUGCACUGCAGUGGAUAUGAUUUCCCGUCGUACUCGCCUGGCCUUUCUAAAUGUCCAGGCAGCAGAGGAAGCCCUACCCAGGAUUGUUGAACUGAUGGGCAGAGAACUGAAUUGGAGUGAUUCUAAAAAAGAGGAAGAACUUGAAACAGCCAAGAAGUUUCUAUAUUAUGAAAUGGGCUAUAAAUCUCGAUCAGAACAGUUAACAGAUCGCUCUGAAAUAAGCCUACUGCCUUCAGACAUUGACAGGUAUAAGAAGAGAUUUCAUAAGUUUGAUGCAGACCAAAAAGGCUUUAUUACCAUUGUUGAUGUUCAGCGUGUAUUAGAGAGUAUCAGUGUCCAAAUGGAUGAAAAUACACUACAUGAAAUUCUGAAUGAAGUAGAUUUGAACAAAAAUGGACAGGUUGAACUCAAUGAAUUUUUGCAGCUGAUGAGUGCUAUUCAAAAAGGAAGGGUGUCUGGAAGCCGGCUUGCUAUACUCAUGAAAACUGCAGAAGAGAACCUUGACAGACGAGUCCCCAUCCCCGUGGACCGAAGUUGUGGAGGAUUGUGAGUCUGAGCAGUAAAUCCACAGCCAACAAACACAGGAACAAGAAAUCAUCAUGUAACAAACCAGAGAUGACUUACACCACUCCAAAAUAGUGGACACGAAUAGCUGCCUCGUUUUAACACUGGAAAACAUUCCAAAGCUUUAGGAUGUCCAUAUAUACGCUUUAUUUGUAUUUGCCAUUCAAUCUAGCUUCUUGAGUGUAUUUUAUCUUUUUUUUCCCUCACUUUCAGUGCACACUGGUUUAAUGUUUUGCAUUCAUUUGUGACCUGUUAGACUGGAUAUGCUCCCUUUUUGUUUGUUUAUUCAUUUAUUCUAAGUCAGAUUUAGAGGCAGACUAUUUUGGCAGAGAUUGAAAAAAGAAGCUGGGAACAUUUCAUGAUUUGCACAAAGCUCUGGCCAUUAAGCUUGUUGAUAGUAUUCAUUCUCAAAAGAAAUUGAGUGGGGUGGGACCUAUUAAAACAAUGGUGUCUCUGGAGACCCCUCAGCCCUUUAUUUCUUCCAGCUUGUCUGCCUUCCUCAUCCAAACUUUAUAUCUAGAGCAUGACUGGCGAAAUUGGAGAAGGAAGAAAAAAGUUUAGAUCUGGUUAUAAGAGCAAGUCUCAAAGAGAAACUGAAAGCUUCCAGAAUCACAGGUACAAGAUAUAAGGAUAGCAUUGACAUUUGCUGAGAGUUGCAGUGAUAGUUUCAUCUCAGCAAUUCAUUUUUUUUCACCAGUGACUGCUGGUUUUUCUUUGACUAUUACAGUUGCCAGGAAGAUCCUUGCUCUUCUUACUUUCAAACCAGCAUUUAAGUGGCAAGUUGGAUACAGUGGGAUGAGACUAAAUUUCUCAGAUCUUUACAGUAGUCAUAAAUUUAAGGAUUAAAAACCUGUGUUUAUAUAUCCAUAUAUUAUAGCACAAUUUUCAAUCCCCAAAUCCUAGAUCUUGGAGCAUGUGAUACUGUCAGACAUGACCUAUUUCACUCAGGUUAUUGCAUCAUUUUGGGGAGUAUUUGUAAACAGGUAGUAAAAGGGGAUAGAAGUAGCCUUUAGUUAACUUUAGUUAUAAUUAUUUGUAAAAAGGCAUAAAAUUGCAAUGUUCAAGGUUAUUUUAAUUGCUUAAAGCCUUUCUCCCUCUGUACUCAAUGGAAAAGUUCGCAAUCGACCAAAAAGAAAAAAAGAAAACCACACUCAACACACACAUACACAUUGCCCCAUCACACACAUACACAUUCAAAGAAAGACAAAACAAAACAAAACAAAAAUCAACCGCCCAGAAUUUAGUAAAUAUGUAGCAUACUGAAUUUAAAGGGCCAAUUUGGUAUGAUUUUGCAAUACUUUGGUUGCAUUUUAGCCGGUCAUCUGAAUGUUUAUUCAUUGUACUUCCUCUUCUGAAGUUAAUUACCUACUUUUUUUUAAAGAUCAUAUCGUGUAUGAAAUGGGAAAUAUAACCCUUUACUUACUGUCGGGUUUUCAUCGUCCAGACUUGAGAUCUUAAUUUUUCAAACUGGUACAUAAAAUACUUUUGUGCUAUUAUUUCUAUAUAUGUCAACACUGUAAAAUAUCUUUAUGCCUCAUUCAAGCAGGGUGUGAGCCUGUCUGCCAUAAUUACACACUGGAGGUUCACUCACGUAAGCCCCUACCCCCACCUCGGAAAUAAACAAUUAAGAUAGCACCUUAACUCAUUUUGCUUUUAUAUGAAGUUUAGACUCGCCACUUCCUAAAGGAAGACCUAAAACAGCGAAAGUGACGCUCCCAGGUAUCACUGUGAACUUUUUUCUUUUAAGGUGUGAAUUUUUUUACACUUUUUUUUUUUAAUAAUAGAAACAUGUGGCUUUGUAAUGUAGUGUUUUUCUAUCAAGACAAUACUUUCACUGUUUAGAGCCCAGUGACCCUUAAUAGAUAGAAGAGCUGUCCUUUAAAACAUCAGAGAUGAUGUACCACAAAACCGUACAUUCGUGCUCUCUCUCUUUCUCUCCUUUUCUAGUUAAAUCAAGAUAACGAUGCCUUGUAUCCUCCCUGAAUCCAUUACAGUAGGCACUGGGCUUAUAACCUGACUGGCCUGGGCAGAGCUGUAUUUGAAAAAAGGCCUUGUUUGUGCACGCUGUGUUAUGAGUCAAGUUCCUUUAAGGACAAAGAGAAACGCACUUUUCUUCUUUUAAGCAUAUCUGCUUUUGCUUAAAAUCUGCUAAUUCUAAAACAUACGCUCCUUCACCAAUCCCAGAGACUUGUCUUGGAAAUGAGCUGGUUCCAAGUCUUUACUGUGAAUAAAGCACCCCCGCAUUUUUGUGUAAGUUCUUAAUUAAACCUGUGCAGCUUCUUCACCUGAUUUCAGAAAAGGAGAGAAGAAAUGGGGGGAGGGGGAGGGGUGUGAGUGUGAUUCAAAAUCUAUUCUAAGCGCAAAAGAAUUUUUUUUUCUUUUUGUAUAAACAUGGUAUUAACUGAUUCUGUUGGGGUGGGUGUGGGGUGUGCAGAGAUUGUCUUUUAUCAUCAAGUGAUUUAUUUAAAGAGCCUUUAAGGGGAUUCAGGUGAAGGAACCUCCAUCUGUGGUGGCGAGCUGGAUGCUCCUUUCAAUAGCCCUUUCCACAGUCAUAACAGUAGUGAUAAGGCUGGAUUAUUUGUUAAGCCAAGGUUGUCUGCCUCAUAUCCAUCAUGCUGUUUGCAAUAUUCUUGCUUUCAAUCAAUUUUUACUGAGUGCCACUUUAGGAUUUCUACUACUAAAUGCAUGCUCCCUAUUCUGCUUUAGUUUCUAGCUUUGUUUUGUCUUUUUCAAAAUAUGUAGCUUACUCUUUUGUACAACAACAAAAAAUUCAUUCUUUUACUAAACAUACUGUAAGAAUGAUCAUUGAUCUUAUUUCCUAUUUAUAUGUAUUUGUAAAGAUUUUUGGCAUAUGAAUGUAAUAACAUUGAUGGCAAUGAAGCUAAUAACUUGCACUGUUUUGCAUUAUGUCAACCCUUUUUUGGGAGUGAAAAAGUCCUACUGUGCUUUUUAAAGAAUAUCAAGUAUAAGCCCAGUACUGGAGUCGAUAUACACACUGCAUGUUUUCAUAUAUGGCAUUUUUUAUGUAUUGUGUUGGGUUAUUGUUCUAGAUUGGACUGUUAAAUACUGUGUUUGAGGCUGGGUUGUCAUUUUUAUAACUGUCUUGGUGUUUUAUCACCAUUAUUUAUUACUUUUGAUAUACAGAAUGAGCUGCAUGCAUUUAUAGAGCAAUAAGAGGAUGUAUUUAAUGUGCCUUGUUUUUAACUGAAUAAGAACUGAAAGCAUGAAUCAAUAAAACUGAUUAAAAUGGU